CAUUCCUGUUUAUUCCUCAGGCUUGUUCUGUGUCCUUCGGUCUGGUUCUCUUCUAUCUUCAAGUUACAUUUUCCCUAUCUCCAAGACUUAUGACCAGAGUUACCUUAUUAAAAAUUCUUAUUUUUGCUGUUUGAGUGGAAACUGAAAACUGGAGAAGGUCAUACCCCUAGGCAGUUGGUGUUAAUAGUGGUGGGUUGUUUUGUGCCUUCAUUGUUCUCAGGUACUUUUCAGACAUUUAAAAACUCCAAAUACAGUGAGGAUUCUUGUGUGAUGAAGACCUGACCUCAUGUAUUUUACAAGUAUAUUGUAGAUGCAACAUGGAUUCUUGGGAGUGAGGACUGAGACUGAGAUAGAUAAAAUGGUGCUCAAGCUUCCUGUUGCUUAGGACCAAAAGUGUUUGCAGGUUGCAGAGGCAGUGUUAACAUCCCAACUGAAGCCACAUCAAGAGAAAUCAAAUUUUAUUAUCAAGACCCCAAAGGGCACCAGAGAUCUUAGUCCCCAGCAGAUGGUUGUGAGGGAGAAAAUUCUUGACAUGGUUGUCAGCUGUUUCAGACGUCAUGGAGGAAAGAGAUUGGAUACCCCAGCAUUUGAGCUGAAGGAAAUGCUCACUGAGAAGUAUGGAGAGGACUCUUUACUCAUCUAUGAUCUGAAGGAUCAGGGUGGAGAGCUGUUGUCCCUUCGCUAUGAUCUUACUGUCCCUUUUGCUCGAUAUCUGGCCAUGAAUAAAGUGAAGCAGAUGAAGCGCUACCAUGUUGGAAAGGUGUGGCGGAGGGAGAGCCCAACCAUAGUCCAAGGCCGCUACAGGGAGUUUUGCCAGUGUGAUUUUGACAUUGCAGGUCAAUUUGACCCUAUGAUCCCUGAUGCAGAGUGUUUGAAGAUCAUGUGUGAAAUCCUAAGUGGGUUGCAGCUGGGGAACUUUCUCAUUAAGGUCAAUGACCGGCGGAUUGUGGAUGGAAUGUUUGCUGUCUGUGGUGUUCCUGAAAACAAGUUCCGUGCCAUCUGCUCCUCAAUGGACAAAUUAGACAAGAUAUCUUGGAAAGAGGUGAGACACGAGAUGGUGGCAAAGAAGGGCCUGGCUUCUGAGGUGGCUGAUCGAAUUGGGGACUACAUCCAAUGUCAUGGUGGGGUGUCUCUGGUAGAACAGUUGUUCCAGGAUUCCAGACUGUCCCAGAGCAAGCAAGCAUUAGAGGGCCUGGGGGAUCUGAAGCUGCUUUUUGAAUACGUGACUCUAUUUGGAAUUGCUGAGAAGAUCUCCUUUGAUCUAAGCCUGGCUCGGGGCCUAGACUACUAUACAGGAGUGAUCUAUGAAGCAGUGCUGCUGGAGACCCCAGCUCAGGCUGGGGAAAAGUCUCUGAGCAUGGGCAGUGUGGCUGCUGGUGGCCGUUACGAUGGGCUGGUGGGCAUGUUCAACCCCAAGGGCCACAAGGUGCCAUGUGUAGGGCUCAGUAUUGGGGUAGAGCGGAUCUUUGCCAUUGUGGAGCAGAGAAUGAAGGCAUUUGGUGAGACGGUACGGACCACAGAGACCCAAGUAUUUGUGGCCACACCACAGAAGAACUUUCUUCAAGAACGAUUGAAGUUAAUUGCAGAGCUAUGGGAUGCUGGGAUUAAGGCUGAACUGCUGUAUAAGAACAACCCUAAACUACUAACCCAGCUGCACUACUGUGAGAGCAUGGGCAUUCCGCUGGUGGUCAUUAUUGGUGAGCAAGAACUGAAGGAAGGGGUCAUCAAGCUCCGCUUAGUGGCCAGCAGGGAGGAGGUGGCCAUUAAACGGGAAAAUCUUGUGGCUGAAAUUCAGAAGCGACUAUCUGAAUCUUGAUCUUUGCUUGACUGCCAUCUGCUGCUCUUUGUAGAAAAGGUUUCAUCUACAAAUGAGUUCCUGAUAGACUUCACAACUGCCAGCCAGGAUGAAUGACAAGUUCCUUCUGCCUCCUCCAUCAUUCCUGGGUACAGAACUGUAGAAGGCCCUGAGGACUCCUGGGUCCUGUGGCUUCAAACUACUAGUGUGAGCAGCUAUUCUGCAUGUGAACAACUGGCUGGUAUGUGAGAGACAUGCUGUGGCUGCAGAGGUAGAUGGCAGAUUUGAAGUGCCACCAAAUGCCACCAAGAUGUGCUGAGAUGGUUGCUUUGAGCAGGGCAUGAGAGAGAGACACCGCAGACUGAGUGGAUACUAUGCCAUUGAGAUUUUAGCCUUCCAGUGUGUGGAAGAAUUUGUCCACAAUCAGUCUGGAGAAUUUGUCCACAAUCAGCCAAUGGCUUGGUCUAGGGAGUUUGUGGGAGACAGCAAGGUGGGGCAAUGGAUACUCUCAUUUGAGAUCAGAGAUGCUAUCUCAAGGGCAUGGCCAUGUCCAGAUUGAUCUGGCAUCUCUCUAGCUGAUCCACUGUUAACAAUAGGAAGUGUCGGGCUGCUUAAUGACCUUGAAUGUUGAACUUAAUAGGUGACUUGACAAGAUUGGGGUCUGAUCUUUUGUAAUUUUUAUUUCUUAUGCCACAAUCACUGCUGUGACUAUUCCAUGCCCUGACAUGGAGGUGGCUAUUCUAGAAGUGAUUGGGACAAUAUGUUAAAUAAAAUAUUAAAUAUA